AUAAGUUACAUUGACGUUAUUUUUUUAAUCUUGUUUAUUGAUUUAACUUGUCAAGAUACUUUAAAAGACCGACCUACCGGACUUAUAUCAGACAGAAACUUUAAAACUAACUUGGUGAUUCUAUAAGAUAACAAUGCAUUCGUCUUUGAUUUUAAUCUCUCUUACAACGUUAUGGACAUUAACAUACGCAAAAGUUCCAAUAAUCAAGGCGCAAAAGUGGACUAAAAAUGGCUUGACGAGACAACAUGCAUAUUGCACAUUUAAUUUAACGGAAAAGAUAAAUAAAGGUGCUUGGAGAAUGACUAUAAAUACAAAUGUUCCGACGGAAAAUAUUAAGUUAUGGGUAAUGAAAGUCGUGGAACACUCUGCAGACGGUAAAACUUAUCAACUGAAAAGCAAAUACGAGUACUGGCCACAGACAAUUGAUGUUCAAUUUAGAUUAACGUAUGAAAAAGGUGACGUUCCAUUGGACGGAUCUUGUUCAAGUAAUGUCGAACCAAUAGAAGAAAUAACAGCAGCCCCUGCCACAAUUCUUUCAUCGACGAACAUAAUAGAGAGACACGAAUGGGAAAAAGAUGGAAAAAAAUAUAUGAAUGGGAAAUGUGUUUUACCAAUUGCAGAAAGUUUGGACGAAUUUUACAUUGCCAUUACCUUAGACCAAGAAACAUCUGGAAUUAAAAAUUGGGUUGGAACUACAUUUUCUGAAGAUUCUAAUGGCCGAUGGUAUAUAUUGAAAAAUAAGUGGACAACGCAUCCACCGGAACUGCAAUUUACAUUUAAAGUUACGUUUGAUUCCGACACAAUGCCAAAUGGAAAUUGCGCAAUAUUAACAGGAGGCAAUCAAGAACCUCCAUCUACACAAAGUCCACCACCUGCCCCUACAAUACCCUCAACAGAAACGACAACAGCAAACAUGGUUGUAGUAAACAGUUACCAAGACAACGGCAAAAUGAAGAUGCAGGCGACAUGUGACCUACCAAUUGAUACGCCUCUCGAAAGUUUUUACAUACUGUUGUUUUUAACAGAAGAUACGUCUGAUUUGGAGAUAUGGAUAGGAAAAGAAGAACAAGCAGACCCCGAUGGUCGAUGGUAUUUAGUGAAAAACUACCAUAACGCCAAUCGUCCUUCAAUUAGUUUUCCGUUUCACGUUCGUUACUCCGGUUCACAGGAGCCUUCAGGGAUUUGCAAACUUUAUAGCGAAGAUUUGGAGCCAAUCAUUUUAAAACCAACCACACCAACAACUUCAACUGAGCCACAAACUACAACAACUUUGUCGAGUACAUCACCUCAACAACGAUCUUCACCGAUUACAAUUACAACUAGGCCACCAACAAGACCGACUACAACUACUCAACUUCCGACUACAAUUUCUUCUAUGCCACCAACUUCACCAACUACAACAACUCAACAGCAAACUUCUAAACAAACAACUGCUUCAACGACACUAGCAGCAGUCACAACAACAACAUUAGAGGCAACCACAACAAAACAGUCAGUUGCGACCAAAUAUGACUAUCCCAAAGUUUUAGAAUUAUCUAUUUUAUUCUAUGAGGCUCAAAGGUCUGGUAAACUCCCGUCUAAUAACAGAAUCCCGUUCAGAGGUUAUUCAGCGCUUGGGGAUAAAGGAUUCUCAGGCGAAGAUUUAACCGGUGGCUGGUAUGACGCUGGUGAUGGUGUAAAAUUCAAUUUGCCAAUGGCCAGUGCGACUACCAUUUUGUCCUGGGGACUAAGUCAAUGGAAAGAUGCUUAUGAAGCAGCCGGACAACUUGAAAUAAUGUUUGAUUCAAUUAAAUGGCCUUUAGAUUACCUACAAAAAUGUUGGAUUGAAAGCAAGAAUCUGUAUUAUUGUCAGGUAGCAGACGGAAAUAAGGACCACGCUUUUUGGGGACGACCUGAAGAUAUGACUUAUACCAGAGACGCAUUUGCUGUUACAACUGGUAAACCCGGAAGUGACGUUGCCGGAGAAACUGUGUCAGCAUUUGCAUCUGCAUCUAUUGCAUUUGCAACAAAAGACCGAUCUUAUUCUGCUGAAUUGCUGUCAAAAGCAAAAACGUUGUAUACAUUUGCGAAAACAUACAGAGGCACAUACAGUGAUUCUGUACCAGAAGCAAAUCCGUUUUACACAUCUUAUAGUGGAUAUGAGGACGAACUUUGUCUGUCAGCGGCAAUGUUAUACAAAGCAACGAAGGAACAAAAGUAUCUGAAUGACGCCGAAGGCUUUGCAACCACAAACGCAGGAUGGGCGUUUUCAUGGGACGAAAAAAUUGUUGCCUGUCAGUUAGUUCUUUUCCAAGAAACUGGUGACGUGAAGUACAAGACUCCUGUCGUUAAUUUCAUUAAGGAUUUUAUGAGCGGAAGCGUUAAAAAUACAAACUGUGGUUUGGCAUUCCGACUGAAAUGGGGAUCAAACAGAUAUGCUGCAAAUGCUGCAUUCAUUGCUUUAAUGGCAGCUGAUACACCAGGAUUUUCCGAAGCUGAAGAAUAUAAAACUUGGGCAAUGUCACAGAUACAUUAUAUGCUUGGCGAUAACAAUUACAAAAUGAGUUACCAGAUUGGGUAUGGUAAUAAUUAUCCCAGGAAGCCACAUCAUCGUGCAAGUUCAUGUCCUGACAUGCCAGCACCUUGCAAUAAUGCACAACAGUAUUCACCAUCUGAUAAUCCGCAAAUUCUUUAUGGUGCCCUAGUUGGUGGUCCUGAUGAAAAUGACUUUUAUGAAGACAAGCGUGACGAUUACAUCAAAAACGAGGUUGCCGUCGACUAUAAUGCUGGAUUUCAGUCUGCUGCCGCAGGUCUACUUCAUUUUGCCCUUGAAGAAACCCUGCCUCAAGCACCACCAUCAAAAUUAUUUUUUCAACAGACAAACAUGUACUCUUCGGUAAAUGUUAUUACUCUUACAACAAUUUGGACAUCAUUAACAUACGCAGCAGUUCCGAUGAUUAAAAUGGCAACUUGGGAGAAGAAUGGCUGGACGAGGCAGCAUGCAUAUUGCACGUUCACUAUAACGAAACAGAUGAAUCUAGGUGCUUGGGAAAUGACAAUAAAUACAAAUAUUCCAACAAAAAGGGUUGUGAUAUGGGCAAUGAAAGUCGUGGAACAUUCAGCAGACAGAAAGACUUAUCAGAUGAAAAGCAUAUACUACUACGGGCCACAAACUAUAGAUGUUCAGUUUAGAUUAAUAUAUAAAAAAGGAGACAUUCCUUUGGAUGGAUUCUGCACAAGUAAUGUCGAACCAACAGAAGAACCAGAAACGACAACACAACAACAAACAUCACCGGCUACAACUACUCAACAACAAACAUCACCGACUACAUCCACUUUACAGCCAGUUACAACCAAAUAUGACUAUGCAAAGGUUAUAGAACUUUCGAUUCUAUUUUACGAGACCCAAAGAUCUGGAAAACUUCCGCCAGAUAAUAGAAUUUCUUACAGAGGUGACUCAGCCCUUAAUGAUAAAGGAUUCCAGGGAGAAGAUUUGACCGGUGGCUGGUAUGACGCUGGUGACGGUGUAAAAUUCAACUUUCCAAUGGCUAGUGCGACUACUAUUUUGUCCUGGGGACUGAGUCAAUGGCAAGAUGCUUAUGAAGCAGCCGGACAACUUGAACUGAUGUAUGAUUCAAUAAAAUGGCCGUUAGAUUACCUACAAAAAUGUUGGAUAGAAAGCAAGAAUCUGUACUAUUGUCAGGUAGCAGACGGCAAUAAAGACCAUGCUUUUUGGGGACGACCUGAACAAAUGACGUAUACCAGAGACGCAUUUGCUGUAACAACCAGUAAACCCGGAAGUGAUGUUGCCGGAGAAACUGUGUCAGCAUUUGCAUCUGCAUCUAUUGCAUUUGCACAGAAAGAUCCCGCCUAUUCAGCUCAAUUGCUGUCAAGAGCAAAAACAUUGUAUGCAUUUGCGAAAACAUACAGAGGCAAAUACAGUGAUUCUGUACCAGAAGUAAAUCCGUUUUAUACAUCACAUAAUGGAUACCAAGAUGAACUUUGUCUCUCAGCGGCAAUUUUAUACAAAACAACAAAAGAACAACAGUAUCUGAAUGACGCUGAAGGCUUUGCUUACACAUAUACUGCAUGGUCAUUAUCCUGGGAUGAAAAAACUGUUGCCUGUCAGUUAAUUCUUUUCCAAGAAACUGGAGACCUAAAGUACAAAACUCCUGUGGUAAAUUUUAUGAAAGAGUUUAUGAGUGGAAGUGUUCCACAGACCAACUGUGGUUUAGCAUUUAGACAAAAAUGGGGAUCAAAUAGCUAUGCUGCAAAUGCUGCAUUUAUCGCUUUGAUGGUAGCUGAUACACCAGGAUUUUCCCAAGCUGAAGAAUAUAAAACAUGGGCCAUGUCACAGAUACAUUAUAUGCUCGGCGAUAAUAAUUACAAAAUGAGUUACCAGAUUGGGUAUGGUAAUAAUUAUCCAAGGAAGCCACAUCAUCGUGCAAGUUCAUGUCCGAACAUGCCAGAACCUUGUACUUGGGCUCAACUUAGUUCACCAUCUGACAAUCCACAAAUUCUAUUUGGUGCCCUAGUUGGUGGACCUGAUGAAAAUGAUGUUUAUGAAGACAACCGUGAAGACUAUGUCCAAAACGAGGUGGCUGUAAGCUACAAUGCAGGAUUUCAGUCUGCCGCCGCUGGUCUUCUUCAUUUUGCCCUUCAAGGAACUCUGCCUCCAGCACCACAAGCUAAAUGUUGAUGCCUUCCAAUGUAAUGGCGAUGUUUAGAAUAUGAAAAUAACAUGGAAUAAAUAUUUUAAUAUUGUCCUCUUAACUUUUACGAAUACAGAUUUGUAUAACUACUUGAACACUGACUUAUUCACCAGAUACAUAACAUGGUUAUGUUUUUUUUUA